AUGGAGGCCGAGAUACGGCGCAUGCUGGAGCUGGGGGUGAUCGAGCCUGCUGAGAGUGACUACACAUCACCACUAAUACUUGUGGAGGCCCCAAACAAGGACCCUCGUCCAUGUGUAGACUACAGGAGGUUGAAUGCCAUCAAUAGGGAUCAGUUGUACCCGAUCCCUAAUAUUGAGGAGCGAAUCGAAAGGGCUGCAGAGACUGGGCGUGCAUCAGGUGUUGCACGGACCGAGCACUGGAAGACCAGUGCAACUCCUGCUGCGCGACGCCGGCGGCAGGGCAGUGCAGCGACUGACAAAGCAGCAGAGGAACUCGAAGCACCAUCUCCGUCUCCAUCCAAGCCCAUUGCUGCUGCUGCUACAGGGGAAGACUCCUUGCCCAAGCCUCCGGCAAAACGUGUAAAGACAGAAGCCGAGGAAGACCCGCCUUUCCUGGCAAUGACAAGCCGCAGGUUACGUGGCGGCCAGGUGACACCGGAUUCUUCCUUGAACAAGGCUGCUGCUGCGCCCAAGGAGGGGGCCAAAAGGAAGGAACCCUCUACUGCAAAGGAGGCUUCUACCACUAAGGAGGCCUUUACCACAAAGGAGGCCUCUACCCCGAAGGAGCCCUGUACCCCAAAGGAGACUUCAAAGAAGAGGGAGUGCGCUGCCAACCCCGUGACACCCUCAAAAUCUACUGGCACUGCGACCACAAAGAAAACUGCUGCAGACGCCCCCCUGCCUGCCGAGGAGCCGUUGCCUUACGGCGCGUACGAAGACAGCGGUGACUACCCGAUCGUGCCCGAGACCCAGUUUACCAGUGAGCAGAAGCGGCUGCUUCAGGCGCUUCUCGCGAGCACGCAGUGUAGCCGGCCACUCACAGUUGCUUUGCCUGUGGAGCCUUGUUUUGUGUGCCCGCAACUGGACCAGCACGAUGCCCUUGCGGCUGCACGGGCGCUUUCGCCAGCUGAAGACGGCACACGUCGCAAGACGUCGACUACCUCUGGCAAGCCGGGGACUCCUUCACCAGCCACUGCUGGGCAGAAAACGACACAAGCGCAUACAGCCAGUACACCGAAGGGAGCAAAUGUGGUUAAGAAGGGCAGACCUAUGAUUAAGGCAGCAGUGACAAAGGAGAGCACUGUGGACAUGUCCAAGACACCUCGCAAGCUCAAGGUGAAGGCACUGUCGAUUCCCGCAAUUCCGGCUUCACCGACUGAGUCUACUCAGAGCACCCGCAGCCGUCGGCCAAUCCGGCUUCCCGCUCGCUUCCAAGACUCGGCGUUGUACUUCUCACCCAACGGAGACCUGUUUGACGUUCCAUCACCGCCCACGUCACCUCGACAGCGAGGCCGCAUGGGCGCUGCUAGGUAG